UCUCUCCUGACCCUUGCAGGCCUUCAACUUCCAUGGGCCAUCGUUGUUCUAUCUCGGUUCACCAUCUGCACGAGCACCUCUGUGACCUCUGUGACUGUGAGUCUGUGAGUCUGUGACCGUCCUCUCCACACGAGUCCAACGACAUUUCCCCGUCAAACUACCGACCACGCAGUUCCAAAUACAUUCCAUCUCCAUCCUCAAUCAUCUGGUUCCAAAUUCGUUUCGACAGCCUCGAGUCCAGUCUGGCCACCAGUACUUGCUCCGCGUCAAUGAUUCACCCGACCUCGCAUUUCUAGUUCUGCUUCUGACUCUGUUUCUUAAACACCAUUCUCGUUUCACAUCGCCUCCUCCCUCCAUUCAUCGCCCAUCGCAGUCACCUUUGGGCUUACAACCGAUCAACGACUCCUCCUUCCCUGGUCCGGUACCAGCGUUUCCUCCCACCCGCCUUCCCAUCUGCGUUCAGGGUUCCAUCCACCUCUAGUCGAGCGACCUCUCCUCCAUCAAUCUCCGCCAUCUCCGUCGGAGACGUGCCCUCCUUUACAACAUCACCCGACCCAUCGUCAGAAUACAAGUCGACUACUUCUUCGUCCCUGCCUAAUUGCUUAAGAUCAUACACAUAAGACGACAUAAGACAGUCGAACGAACUGCUCGCUUUCCUAGACACUGACCCAUUGCCUCAAAUCCUCGAAUCGUGCGCCCUGCGAUCGGCUAUCUCAAACCCACGUUUGUUAGCAAACCAGAGCACACCCACUACCUCACUAGAAAUGUUCGAUCCUCCAUGCUGCUCAUGAACUGGCCUUUCGGCCUUUGAUCGAGUUCUGGAACACGCCAUAGACCAACCACACAUGUUCUGGCACACGCAUACGCUACAUCCUUCUCGUGGGUUGUUCUCCUGCCGACGGCGCGAAUUCGUUCAACGCCACUGUUGACCUGACUCCCCUGAACGAACUCCGAACUCUUUCACCUCGAUUCCCAACUCAACCGAUCCUGCAUUUCGCCCUCCCACUUGUCUUGCCAAUCCCUGUACAACAAGACUCGCAGAUCUGUCAAGUACAGCAAGACCCCUACACUAAUCAGCGCUGAACUACCUGCAGCCCCACGAGACCACAGCUGUGGUGUAUCCGUGCGACUCGGAGCUCCGCAAUAUCUGUCUUACCCCGACUUUGGCGCUACUCCCCAUCAAUGUACCCUGACAAAGACGGCCUCUGUCUCCAGCAUUAUACCCCAGGCGCAACACAAGCCAUAGAAGCAUGAGCUUCAGCGGCAUCCCCACAAGUGCCUAUAACCGGACUUCGACCACAACAAACUCGACAUCUUCAUCCACUCAAUCGCUUCGGAAGUCUUCCUCGGUCUCAGUGCGUUCCACUUCCAGAAAUGCGCCUUUAGGAACGCGAUCUCGAAGCCCCGACUUUGUCUCACCAUAUACUAUCGACUCCCGCACAGAGACGAGUCAAUCUCGGUUUCGCUCAGACCGUCGUCCAAGUGAGGGAAAGACGUUGACACCAAACCUUAAUAUCAAUCGUUGGUCACACUCGACUUCGUCCAGCGUAUCAGCAGUUGACACCGACGCUGGCAAAAUACGUGCAAAUUCUUCGAGACGCAUGAGUGCCGGCCCUUCGGUGGUCACGGGACCACCGCCACUUGACCGAACCCAGUUUGCCCCAUUCUCUUCCUCGUCGUUGAGGGCAGACGGUCAGAGCCCUCAAAGAAUUCAAUCCUCUUCCUCCAUGUUACAUCCAGCCAGAUCAUAUAAUCAGCGCGAUGCGAGUCCAAUAUCAGCCUCUCCGCUUACGCCUACUUCAAUGUUCAACCCAAGCGCAAGCGAGUAUUUUGCCGACUCGUGGCAAGCUCGCAAGGCUAGUAAACUGGGCGAUCAGGUGGCAAUGUCUGUCUACAUGACUUCUGGUCAGCAAUUGGAUGACCCAACACAGCAAACCUCACCCCUGGACCCUCGAGCUGAAUCGCAGGAACCACCAAUGCAGAUACAAGGAGAUUCGUCCACCAUGUCAAACGGACCGACACGAGGCAGAAGUCAUCGUAGUCCUACUCAAAAGACAAUGCUAUCAAAGGCGCUGGCCAAGGCAAACUCGGCAGUAUUGUUAGACAAUGCACAGAACAUCGAAGGCGCCAUCGAGGCAUACGACGAAGCGUGUGAGCUCCUGCAACAGGUCAUGGUGCGUAGCUCCGACAUGGACGACCGCAAGAAGCUGUCGGCCAUCCGAAGUACAUACUCGAAUCGCAUUGCCGAACUCCACGAUCUUGAGCCAUUCCCAGGCCUGCACGAAAAGGCACUCCCAGAUGAUCCGCCAUACGACGAAGGCAACAAGUCUUUCUUCACAAGCGAUGUCACAGAUGUAGAUACGGCUGAUGUGUUGAAGACUGUGCAAAUUCCCCCUCGUGGCGAAUCCUUGCUUCCAGAGAUCUACGGUGGGGAGGCCUAUCUAAAUGAGCCGAGCACACGGAGCAGAUUAAACAUCCCCAGUCUGAGUCUUCCCAUGGAAAGCCAGUAUAUGCCACCGCCUCUAUCGCCUCGAAGGCCACUUUCCCCCGUGGAUGACGACGAGGACGGACGUGGGACGGAUACGCCCCAAGCCACCAAGAGGGCGUUUGAUGUCUCGAGUAACAUCGCGCACUACAGAGGCAUCAGCACCGAAUCUACCUCUUGGCUGGAUACUUACGAAGACGCCUCAUCCUCUGCAAGGUCAUCUCGCCUUUCGUCGAUGGAUGUUGGCAUUCGUGACUCGACUCUUCUUGUCGAUGAUAUCGGAGCAGAUCUGGACGCAGCACUCGAUGCUGCGGUCGAUGCCGCAUGGGACGAUAGCCUUAACGAAGAAUCAACGCCAAAGCUAGAGAAAACGCAAAACUUCGAUCAGGACUACACCCUCCCACUGCCUACGAUGACUUCUGCCUCACUAUCCAUUCCUUUGGACCUCGAACUCAACCGAGAUUAUGACGAAGGUAAUUCAUCGGACGAAGAGGAAAGAUUACUGGAGGAGAUGACGAAAGGCUACGUUUUCGAUGAUUUUUCGUUCGAUGACCAAUCCAAGUCUACCAUUCCUCGGCAGUCUGACUCGAGUACUGUGUCUGCUCGCACCUGGACCAGCUCUGUGCCGUCAACAGCAAUCUCUAAUAUGACCACAUUAACGACUCUGAUGGAAUCACAGGAACCUGCUUCUGAGCUGUCACCGCGACCCAUCCCUCCCGCCAAAAACUCUCCUGUGACUGCGGCCCCAACAGUCUCGCUUCCUCCAGCACCCACGAUGUUACCGCCACCGCCUCGGAGUAGACCAACCAGCACUGAAAAAUAUGCCGGAUUGGGCCUUCGGGAAAGACGCUUCUCAGGUCAAGGCAAUAAGCAAUUGAAAAUCGAGACCUUUAACAAACGUAGCUCAUCCAUGUUGGCUACAAAGAUAAUCGAUGUACCCACGAACCCCUCUGCCGCCGUUGCGGAAACCCAGCUACAGAUUCCCCCGACAUCAUCAAUGGACAAGACGCCUUCGCCUCUGACCAAUGCAAAUCCAGUGACACCCAUGACCUCUAUACCUUCAAUAGAGUCGGUGGGCAGUAUCUCGCCGCUCACGCCGCCUUUGACUCGAGGAGAUUCAUUGGGAAGUCCAGACGAUGGCAUUGUCCAGCCGCCAUCACCGUCCAAAUUGGUCAAAGCAAUGCCUCCUUCAGUGCUCAAGAAACGUUUGUCGUCAUCGAGCCUCAGAAUGCGUAACCUUUCGGUAACGACGCUGGACAAUUCAGGCGAGUCGCCUUUGACGCCGAACACGAUUGGGAUGCCGGACAAUAAGAACGUCGUCCCCCCGUUGCCCUCUGCUGCCUUGCCUACGCCAUCAAUGGGUGCUUUUGGGCCUCAUUUGCUGCAGACUGGCGGAUACUAUUUAUUUGAAGAUCACAUCCAACCGGUCACACCGAAGACACCCACCAGUCCGACCAGUGUAAGCCUUCCACAUCCUCAGCAACUUGAGUCAUGUCCGGAACCGACUUUAUUGCGACCAUUCUGGUUGAUGCGAUGCUUGUACCAAACCCUCGCUCAUCCUCGUGGAGGGUAUGUGACAACCAAGUUGUUCAUUCCCCGCGAUAUUUGGAGAGUCAGGAAUGUCAAGCUGAAGGCUUUGGACGAUAAAAUUUCCCAAUGUGACCACCUCACACAAGCCUUGUUGAAAUUGGCCAAAGUGGACACCUUGGAUGCCGAUGCGGUCCUAGAAGAAUUACAGAGCUUCGAGACUAUCAUCGAACAGGUGCGGACGACAUUGCAGAAGAAGCUGGGCAGUGAGGUUGGAUUCUCUGGGUCAAGCAAUCUUUUCAAAAACAAUCCUGAAGAUCAGGAUGCCACUGGGUCUAAAUCUGGCGGCACCACGACAAAGUCGUCAAUUGCAUCAAGCUGGAGGAAGCUUCGGUCCAAGUCGAGUGCUCCGGCGAUUGGAAAUCAGUCCGGUUCAAAGGACUUGGCGUCGGGCCUCAAUAUGUCUUCACUCCCGAUGACAAUGGCUUCUGUGAUGUCUUCAUCUCGAUCACAUGCCAAUCGCAAGCUCAAUCCACCCCCAACGCCCAGCCAAUUGCCCAACAUCGCAAUUGUUUAUGCUACCUACAUGUCAAGUUUGGCGCGGCUUUUUGACGCGGUUCAAGUGCUGGAUGGCAUUGCACGGCAGGUGGAAGAUCCGGGCUUGAAGUGUAGCAGCAAGACACAAGUCGGCCUGGAGCUCGGAGUGAAGAAUGCAGCAGAAUUCUUUGCCUUCUUCAUCAUUCGAUUUGUCAUGACUGAUUUGUCACUAUUGCUUGACAAGUUCCUCAAAAGAGGAUCGGAGUGGGUGGUGACCUGAGCCCGCGAUGUAUGUUCUCCCACUCAUGUUGGUGGAACAGAUUGUGUUGGCAGGAGUGAUGCAGUGUUGAACACAAUGCAGAACACUAGCAUGUCCCGCGACGUGCACACUCGAUCUGUUGCCACCUGAGAGGUUUGUGACAGGAGUCCAAACCAUACAAAGAAGCAUCACAACGCCGUGCCGCUGUAGGCAGGGUAUGCAAAGCGUUUGAUUUUGAUUGUUAAUUUGUCGCAUAAUUUCACGCGUUUUCUGUUAUUCAUGAUACCACCACCGGCAUCGAUUCAGUCAUCUAUCGUUUUUAUGUCAUGUACCUACAGGCGGGAGAAACAUGAAAUUACCGGGCCUGUCUCAAAAACACAGGAUAAAGGUGACGUCGGCUGAGGAACAACCCCGAGGAGAUCCAAAAGCACUUGCACCGACUACAUGGAGCGGCAAAUUGGAUGCAUGUAAGGCGCGGAGACCUUGAAGUUUUGACCCUGAUGGAACUGGGAGAGGACGAAGGAGAAGCUAGUUUCCAAUGUAGGCGAGACUAUGACAAGAAGUAUAGUGCGUGAAAGCCGAUAGGCUUCUGAAUUUCAUGUCCCUUUAGUCUUG